UUCCACAAAGCGGUGAAAGACUUCGAGAAGUAAACAACGAAAACACAACAAUCAUCACCAAAUAUCUAGAUAUACCAAACUACCAACUACGCUAAGCUAACAGCAACAACAAAGUAUUUCACUAACAACAAUAAUUAAUAAGAAAUUAAUAAAACAUUUGGCCAACAAAAAAAAAAAAAAGCCUAUUUACAAGGAAAAAGAAAACAAUAAAACCAAAAAGCGCGCAAUUAUUUUGUAUUCCCAACCAACUUCAUGUUCAUCUUCAUCAUCACUCAACAAACAUUUUCUUUUACUGAAUAAUUUUACCACUAACAAGGAAAACAUCAAUUAACCAAAAACAAAAUGGUUCAUCAAAGUUUCAAAAUGGCCCUAUCGAAAAUCGAUACUGAAAUGGAUCAAGAGAAAUAUUUACGCGAAUGUACUCAUCAUUUUCGUGGCAUAGAGAAACCUUUAAAAUAUGGUCCCACCAUAGAGACCCUGAACGAUUUGAUUGCUGCAUUGCAUAAGGAAUUCUCUACGAAUUAUGUUAAUAUCGAAAUGGUCAAUCACAUUAUGUUGUCCUACAAAUCGAAUCCCAAAGAAUGGCAAAAGUUUGCCAAAUUCGAUCGUUAUAAAUACACCAGAAAUCUGGUGGAUGCUGGUAAUGGUAAAUUUAAUUUAAUGAUUUUAUGUUGGGGUGAAGGUCACAGUUCGACUAUACACGAUCAUGCUGAUAGUCAUUGUUUUAUGAAAAUGCUUAAAGGAGAUUUAAUGGAGACCCGCUAUUCUUGGCCCGAAACGGAAAAGCAACAACAAGAGCUUGAGCAACAAGGCGAAAAUUUCGAAAAUCAUGAUGCUUUACAGGUGUUGGGUCAAAGAACCAUGAGUGUUAAUGAUGUGGCCUAUAUUAAUGAUAACUUGGGUCUACAUCGUGUUGAAAAUCCCAGCCAUUCUGAAACUUCAGUUUCUUUGCAUUUAUACUGUCCUCCCUUUGAGACUUGUUCCAUGUUCGAGAAAUCUACCGGUAGACGUUUACAAUGUACCGUUACUUUCUGGAGUAAAUAUGGUCAAAAAAUUAAUCAGCACUAGUGUGUCGUCUACUAAUUCCAUUUUCUUGGUUGCGCAUUUACUAUUUUCCACUCUCCAAAAAAUAAGACUUAAUAUUCGUACAUGAUUUGUUAAUUGUAUAUUAAAUAUUUUAUAAAUAUAUAGUGAUUUGUUACUUCUUCUACUAA